AUGUUCACCAUAGAUUAUUACACUGCUGACUAUAUACGUGGCUAUAGCUAUCUCUCAGACACCUACUCAGACCUCGAGAAACACUACCCCGAAGAUUCCUGGAAUGAUACCGGAAACAACGUCUACGGAUGCAUCAAGCAGCUCUUCCUCCUCAAGAAACAGCACCGUCAUUUCCACACCCUCCUCUCCAUCGGCGGCUGGACGUAUUCCUCCAACUUCGCUGCGCCAGCAUCCACUCCCCAGGGCCGCGAGACCUUCGCCCGCUCUGCUGUUAAACUGGUAGCCAACCUGGGCUUCGACGGCAUAGACAUUGACUGGGAAUAUCCCAAGGAUGACACUGAGGCGUACAACUUCGUUCUCCUCCUCGAAGCCGUGAGAUACGAACUAGACAAGUUCUCCGCUGAAGUUGUCCAACGCCCAGACGGCGGUAGGCUGCUGUUGACCGUUGCGGCGCCGUGCGGAGCAUCUAACUAUGCCGUCCUCCGUAUGGCGGAUAUGGAUCGAUACCUUGACUUCUGGAACAUGAUGUGCUACGAUUUCGCAGGUGGAUGGGACAGCAACGCAGGACACCAGGCAAACCUUUAUCCGUCCGUGGAUAACCCUGCCUCCACGACGUUCUCCAUUGAUGCUGCUCUCCGUGCAUACAUGGCUGGAGGUGUUCACCCGGCAAAGAUCAUUUGUGGUCUGCCUCUGUACGGCCGGGCGUUUGAACAGACAGAUGGGCCCGGGAAACCGUUCCAGGGCGUCGGUGAAGGGUCCUGGGAGAAUGGUAUCUGGGAUUACCAUGCUCUCCCCAAGGACGGGGCCGAGGAGUACAAUGACGAGAACCUAGGUGCUAGUUGGAGUUAUUCUGGCAGUGAAAGAAAGAUGAUAAGUUACGAUACGCCGCUGAUCACCAGGAAGAAGGUGGACUACAUCAGAGGCGUUGGGCUAGGCGGAGCAAUGUGGUGGGAACUAAGUGGCGACCAUCCCGUUGACCACGAACGGAGUUUGAUUAAGACGGUCGUAGAGGGAUUCGGAGGCACUGGUGCGCUGGAGAUGCGAGAGAAUAACCUGAACUACCCAACGAGUGAGUACGACAACUUGAGAAGCGGGUUCCCAUGA